CUUCACAAUCUGGCACUGACGUGUGUGCUCCAUGAGAGAGUGUCAUAGGGUGUGGAGUAUAAUCUGGACCCGCUGGCUGCUCUUCACUCGGAAGAUCAACAUGGAGUUGCCUGAGCCUACCUGUAGGGAGGUGCUGCCUUGCUCAUUGCCCGGUGUUCUGCAGAUUGCAUGGCGCUUUGCAAUGAAGUCAUCAACACGACACUGAACCUGCUGCCAGAGAAGCUGGUGAUGGAGGAUCCAGAGGAGACGAGUAAGGCUGAGACCAGGGGUUUGAGUGUGGAGGGGGAAGAUAAGAUGGCGAUGUUGCUCUGGUCUGGGGCUGCCUACCUCUCGCAGGGUCACUGCCACACUCACCUAAAGGACUGGAAACAAGCUGUGACUCACUACACGAGGUGUAUCAACCUGCUGGUGAAAGUCCGCUUUAAGAAGAAAGGUUUCCAACCACAGAUCCCCAGUGCAGAUAUGGUUGACAAGCAGGGGACAGAUCUGUGUAUUCUCCAAAGGCUGAAGGGGCUUUCCCUUGCUGGUAGGGGUAUCAGCUUCACGCAGACAGACAGACUGAGAGAGGUACUGAGGGACCUCCUGCUCAGCCUGCAGGCAUUCCCAGAGUGUGUGGGUGCAGGCCUGUGGUGCGGUGAAGUGCUGUGGAGGCUUGGCAGAAGACAGGAGGCAGCAGCUUGGUGGGAAAAGACCUGGAGCUUCGCCACACAAUCAUCAGUGGAAUCCAAAAAUGAUGAUCUAGCCACUGCAAUUCUGAAACAGAAGAAGAGACCCAACAGACUGAUUGUUGAUGAUACCAUCAAUGACGACAACAGUGUGGUGUCUCUCUCUCAGACCAAGAUGGACGAGCUGCAGCUCUGCCGGGGAGACGCGGUGCUGAUGAAGGGAAAGAAGAGGAGGGAGACUGUGUGCAUCGUGAUCGCUGAUGGCACCUGUUCUGAUGAAAAGGUCCGGAUGAACCGAGUGGUCCGCAAAAAUCUGAGGGUCCGUCUGGGUGAUGUCAUUAGCAUGCAGCCAUGUCCUGAUGUGAGGUACGGAAAAAGGAUCCAUGUCCUCCCAAUCGAUGACACAGUAGAAGGAAUCACUGGCAACCUGUUUGAGGUUUACCUGAAGCCAUACUUCUUGGAGGCUUACAGGCCAAUGCGCAAAGGUGAUAUUUUCUUGGUCCGAGGCGGCAUGCGUGCUGUGGAGUUCAAGGCGGUGGAGACCGAUCCCUCCCCGUACUGCCUUGUUGCUCCUGAUACAGUCAUCCAUUGUGAGGGAGAACCAAUCAGGAGAGAGGAUGAAGAAGAGUCCCUGAAUGAGGUGGGCUAUGAUGACAUUGGAGGCGUGAGGAAGCAGUUAGCUAUGAUCAAAGAGAUGGUGGAGCUGCCUCUUAGACACCCUGCACUGUUCAAGGCCAUUGGAGUCAAGCCCCCACGUGGAAUCCUGCUGUACGGACCCCCUGGAACUGGAAAGACCUUGAUUGCCAGAGCGGUGGCCAAUGAAACUGGAGCUUUCUUCUUCUUGAUUAAUGGUCCUGAGAUCAUGAGCAAGCUGGCAGGAGAGAGCGAGAGCAACCUGAGAAAGGCCUUCGAGCAAGCGGAGAACAAUGCCCCUGCCAUCAUCUUUAUCGAUGAGCUUGAUGCAAUUGCUCCCAAGAGAGAGAAGACUCAUGGAGAGGUGGAGAGGCGCAUUGUCUCUCAGCUGCUGACUCUUAUGGACGGCCUUAAACAGAGAGCUCAUGUCAUUGUCAUGGCUGCCACCAACCGACCCAACAGCAUCGACCCAGCUCUGAGGAGAUUUGGUCGUUUCGAUAGGGAGGUGGACAUUUGCAUCCCUGACGCCACUGGCAGAUUGGAGAUUCUUCAGAUGCACACCAAGAACAUGAGGCUGGCACAUGACGUUGACUUAGAACAGGUCGCCAAUGAGACUCAUGGACAUGUGGGUGCAGAUCUGGCUGCCCUCUGCUCUGAGGCUGCCCUUCAGGCCAUCAGGAAGAAGAUGGACCUGAUUGACCUUGAGGAUGACACCAUUGACGCUGAGGUCAUGAACUCGCUUGCGGUCAACAUGGAUGACUUCAAGUGGGCCCUCUGCCAGAGCAACCCAUCAGCACUGAGGGAGACAAUUGUUGAGGUCCCCAACAUCAUCUGGGAGGAUAUUGGAGGUCUGGAGGAUGUCAAGAGGGAGCUGCAGGAGUUGGUGCAGUACCCAGUGGAGCAUCCAGACAAGUUCCUCAAGUUUGGCAUGACCCCAUCCAAGGGUGUGCUGUUCUAUGGUCCCCCUGGUUGUGGUAAGACUCUCCUAGCCAAAGCCAUCGCAAAUGAGUGCCAGGCAAAUUUCAUCUCAAUCAAAGGGCCUGAACUGCUCACCAUGUGGUUUGGAGAGUCUGAGGCCAAUGUCAGAGAGAUCUUUGACAAGGCUCGUCAAGCAGCCCCAUGCGUUCUGUUCUUUGAUGAGCUGGACUCCAUAGCCAAGGCUCGUGGUAACAACGUGGCAGAUGGUGGUGGAGCAGCCGACCGCGUCAUUAACCAGAUCCUGACCGAGAUGGAUGGAAUGUCCAGCAAGAAGAACGUCUUCAUCAUUGGAGCCACAAACAGACCAGACAUCAUUGACACCGCCAUACUGAGACCUGGCCGUCUGGAUCAGCUCAUCUACAUCCCACUGCCUGACAAGAAGAGCAGGAUGAACAUCCUGAAGGCCAACCUCCGCAAGAGUCCCAUCAGCAAGGAUGUGGAUUUGGACUACCUUUCCAAGAUGACCAACGGCUUCUCUGGAGCUGACCUUACAGAGAUCUGCCAGAGGGCGUGUAAGCUUGCCAUUAGAGAGAGCAUCGAGAAUGAGAUCCGCCAAGAGAGAGAGAGGCAGACCAACCCGUCAGCUAUGGAGGUGGAAGAUGAGGAUCCUGUGCCAGAGAUCAGGAAGGACCACUUUGAGGAGGCUAUGCGAUAUGCCCGUCGCUCCGUCAGUGACAAUGACAUCCGCAAAUAUGAGAUGUUUGCUCAGACACUGCAGCAGAGCCGUGACUUUGGCAACUUCAGAUUUCCCUCCAGUACCGCAGGUGCCACCGGUCCAGCCCGUGGCAACGGAGGAACUGGCAGAAGUCCAGCGUUCAAAGAAGACAACGACGAUGACCUUUACGCAUAAAUGUACCUGGAUCACGCCUGUACAAACUCUCACCAGAUUCCACAUUCUUAGGACUUUGUGCUCCUUUCAUGUGUUCCAUUUUCCCUUUUUUGUAUGAUUUCCCUCAGAGAAAGCAUGCAAACUGCUUGGUUUGCCCUGGUUUUUUUGUUGGUGGGGGUAAAGGGAUGUUGAAAAUGGAAGGUGAGUGAGUGACUACACUCUCUUUGUUCUAUGGGGUGGGAGGAGAGGAUUCUGGGGGUGUGGGGGGUGUAGUGAGUGGCCUCUUUCUCAGUAUAUCACAACCAACAUGAAUGGCUUUAGUGACGGGAUUCUAUGCUGGACCAGAAAAGCAAAGAAAAAUUAUAUUGCUAAUGACUUCCUCUUUUUUUAAAUAAACAGUAGCAUUUAAUGUAUUACAAAUUUGUCAAAGUUAUGUGGUUCAAAAUAAAAUCUCACGAAAUGGAGGGCAUUAUCAAUGUCAGCUUUUGAAUUUCUUUAUUGACACAGAGUUGACGUACAUUUCUUCUUUGAUUUGUUCGAUCGACAGUUGGGACAGAGAUUCCAUGUCAAAGAAAGUAAAGUAGUUAGGUUGGAAACCCAGGGUUCCUCAGGGCGUAGUGAUCUUUGUGGUAUGAAAGGCCAUAGGAUCAGACCAUGUUGAUGGCAUUAAUACAGGACCUGACAAUGUAAAGACCUUUAAAUGUCAGGUGUCAGUUUAGUUGUUAAGUGUUUUGUGGUCCUCUAAUGGCUAUUGAGGAGUUUUAUGCUCACUGAAAAAUACUGGCACCAUUAUUAUCAAGCUAUGAGUUAGUUCUGUCACUGACCACACAGUGGCGCUCUGGCCGAGUAAGAAAACUUAAUGUGUUGGAAUAAUGUCUUUAUUGUUCAUUGCAAUUUAAAGUAAAGAAUUGGCUGGAAAACAUGUAACAAACAAUGUUACAGCAAAAUUAAGUCAAUAAAUUGUUAUUGAUCUUAAUGUAACGGGGUUAAUUCAUGGUGACGUGUUAAUUUACCUGACGGGAAGGCGGAGUCUAUUUAGGGACGCCGUCGCGCUCCCCCUCUCCCUCUCUCCCCACUGCCGGUUCUGAGUGUGUGUGUGAGUAACUGCAGCAUGAGCGCAACAGGUGCGGAUGCGAAUUGUUAAAGAAUUAAAGGUACGAAAUAAUGAUGUGUUUUAUGUUUGUAACUGUUUUUAAACAUUUAGAUUAACUUGUUUAAAUUGUGUGACCUAACUACAUGUUUGUUUUAUAGGGCUGCUUCAGCAGAAUAAUUACGGUCACUGUUUUUUCCCAACUUUAUAUUUCAUUUAGAUUAUUUGGCCUUGUUUAAUUUUAGUUUCUUUCUGGUUAUUUGGUUUGAUCAUUGGUUUCUUUGAUUUAUUUUAUUUUCUUUCUGGUUAUAUGGUUUGAUUAUUGGUUUCUUUGUUUUAUUCUAUUUUUAUUUUUAUUUUAUGGCAAUGUGCAAUAUUUAAUGUUGAUUGGGACUGUGCACUCCGUGUGUAAGGACUGGAAUAACAAUGAGUUAUUGGCUCCAUCAAUUAGAUAUUUUGUCUUUUUGUUUGAUUAUAUCGCCUGCAGUGUGUUUUAAAGUUUGCUGUGUUUGUCUUAAUGUU